AUGUGGUCAGCGAUUUUAGCAACGUUGACUCUUAUGCCGAAGUGUAUUGCUGGAAGGGCGAUUAAGGGAUUGGCUGGAUCGGAUCAGGUCAGUACUGGCUAUAAAAGCAGGGCACCCUUAUGGGUCUUAGAAAGGUGUGAUAGACUGAGAGCAGGUUUGACUCGAAGCUUCAAGGAAACCAACAAGGCCAUUGACACAAUCUUGGAGAUCAUCAUCACCGAGCACGAACAAGACCCUUCUAGGAUUCACCAAACCCAUGACAAAAAAGACUUCAUUGAUGUAAUGUUGUUAUUAAUGAACAACAAAUCCUCAACAACAACCCACGACGAGCUCUCUUAUUCCAUCGAUCGCAACAACAUCAAAGCGAUCGCAGUCGACAUGAUUGUCGGAGCAAUCGACACCUCGACCACUGCAAUCGAGUGGGUCAUGUCAGAGAUCUUGACCCACCCAAGGGUGGCCCAAAAGCUCCAACAAGAACUCAUGAGUGUCGUUGGAGGAGAGAGAAUUGUGGCAGAAAUGGAUUUGGUAAAGUUGGAGUACUUAGAAAUGGUUAUUAAAGAGACUUUGAGAAUUCACCCAGUCGCUCCAUUAUUAGUCCCACGUGAAUCGAUGGAGGAUAUUGUCAUCGAUGGCUAUUUCAUACCUAAAAAUUCACGAAUUUUGGUGAAUUCUUGGGCUAUGGGCCGUGACCCAAGCAUCUGGUCAAACAAUGUUGGGGAGUUUUUACCCGAGAGGUUUAUGGAUGGGCACGUCGACAUCCGGGGAAGGGAUUUUCAACUUAUACCAUUUGGGUCAGGUCGGAGGGGGUGCCCCGGGAUGCAUUUGGGGCUAACUAACAUUCGGUUGGUGGUGGCUCAGUUGAUGCAUUGCUUUGAUUGGGAAUUGCCUAAUGGGAUGAAACCAAAUGAAUUGGAUAUGAGUGAAAAAUUUGGCUUGUCAUUGCCAAGAGCCAAACACUUGCUUGCAAUUCCAACUUAUCGCUUAUAGAAAUGUGCUCUCAUGUGAACUUUAAAUAUGUGUGCAAGUAUUAUUUAUUUAUUUAUUGCUUUGAUAUACAA